AAAUAGAGAUAUCAUCAUCAUUUAUCUCUCCAGAAACUCUCAUCUAUACCUAAUAAUUAAUUAAUGUUUGUUUGGUGAUAUGGCUGAUCAGCAGCGACCCCACAACACCUCAGAUUCUCGCCGGAAAUCACUAGCCGGAAGACGAACGUCACAACAAACUCCGACGACGUCAUCACUAAGUUCCGGUGGAGGAUCCAUUGCGGCUGCGACGACGACGGGGACAGGAACGGCGUCUCCUUGUGGGGCUUGCAAGUUCUUGAGAAGGAAGUGUGUGAGUGGAUGCAUAUUCGCUCCACACUUCGGGUCGGACCAAGGAGCGGCUAGGUUCGCGGCUGUCCAUAAAGUUUUUGGAGCGAGCAACGUGUCGAAACUGCUGCAUCAUAUCCCGGUGAACCGUCGCCACGACGCGGUGGUUACUAUCUCAUACGAAGCUCAGGCUCGACUCUCUGAUCCUGUCUAUGGCUGCGUCUCAACCAUCCUUGCUCUCCAACAACAGGUGGCCUCGCUACAGGCGGAACUAUCGGUGGUGCAAUCACAACUAAUAAACAGUAGAGUCGCAAUGGCCAACGUUAUGCAACAACAUACUCAUCACCAACAACAACAACUAGUCGUUAUGCAACAACCAGAAUACUCCAACAACUCCUCCGCCUCCACCACUCUCGCCGGAGCCGCCAUGAACAGCUUCACCGUGGCCGCAGAGGCAGCAGCCGUCAGCUAUGACGUCAUGGCUCCGACUAACUUAGAACAUUCGUUGCCGCCAAUGCCACCGCAUCAGCAAAGUAGAGGAGAUCAGCAUCAUGAGGAUGAGGAAGAGAGCGGUGCUGAUUUUUCGGUGGCUGUUGGAUCCACGGCGGUUGCUUCCGAUGUUAUAUUUCCCGCGGAGGGUUUUCACCGGAGAUGAAUUUAUUAACCUAGAGUCGUCUUUAAUCUAUGUGAUCUAUCUUUUUUUUUUUUUUUUAAUAAUGUUAAGAACGAGAAGAGCAUAAUAUAUAGUAUUCAACAUAGGUAUACAUACCAUGUAGAGAUGUCGUGAGAUAUUUGAAUGAGAUAGUUACUAGUUAAUUAUCAUCAUAGGGGUAAAAUUAAUUGAUUUUUACAAUGCGUGCGUUAAUACAUGUUAGUAUGAGCUGAACAUUCCCAAUGUAAUCGCAAAGAAGACCACUCUCAUGUAAGAAGAAACAA